AAAAACCCCAUUUUUUCUCAAAUCUCUAAUCUUUACCAAAACAAAAGGUUGAUUUUACUUUAUUUCAUGUAAAAACCAAAAUUCAUUCCAUUUAAUUUUGAAUUGGUGAUGAAACCGAAGCUCAAAGUAAAGAAAUCUGCUUCGAAGCAAUCAAAACUGAGGCAGAAAGUAUUCAAAAAAUAUCUCAAAAAUAAAUCCAACCGCGUUGGUGGCAACAAAACGAAAAGAACUUUUACUUCUUUCAAAUCACAAAACAGAAGCUAUUCUCAACAUCUACUGCAGAUGGCACAAUAUACAACAAAUCAGCAAACUGACGAACCGCAAGCGUCAACAAGUGGAGCUAGUAGCUCAUCAAAAAAAUCGCCCAACAAAACACCUAUUCGAAGAAAACCUUUUGAAAAAUUCAAAGACAAGAAACACAGAGAAGAACUUAUUCAGAAACACAAGUUAAACUCUAGAAACAAAUUUGUGCUGGGAGCCCAAAGUAUCAACCAAACCAUAUUGAAGAAAGUUGUUCAUCAAAUCAAAAAACGAAACAGUCAAAUAAGAAACGGUAGCCAUAAUAAAACCAAAAGCCCUUCAAAAUUUGUUAGAAAAGGUAUGCGAAGUGAACGUGGUGAAAAAGACACAGUCACAGGGGAAACUCCAUUAGAUGACGAUUGUAUUUGCAUUGAAACAAAACCAGAAGUCAUACUGAUUGAUGACGAAACUAUUGCACCUGUAAAUGUUGUAAAAGAACUCGAAAUGAAAUACCUGAAAUUUAAACAAUAUGAACCGAUUGGAAAGAUUCGUAUGGAACAACAGGGCUAUGAUAAUAUUAAAAACAAUCAAAUGAUAACUUCAACACCAAAUGCGAGUCGUUUGAAUGGUAGGAGUCUAUAUCGAGUUCCUUUUCACGAAGACACAAGCUCCAGCUUUAGUUCGAUGUCAUCGAGUACAAUUUGUUGUAAUACAGAUGAUGUAACUAUUGUGGAAGAUGUAAAUAGUCAGACUGCGGAUGUUAUUGUCAUUGACGAUACACUAGUUCCUCGCCCUAAUAGGUCGUCUCUGAAAAGGAAUAGAUCAAGAAAUGAUGAUUCUGUAAUAUUCGUUAGUGAAAACUUUUCAAAUUCUCGCACACAGUCAUCUUCAGCUCCUGCCUUUAUACCAUUGAAUACACCAGCAGAAGAGGUUCAAAUUAGGUUACCCACCGCAAGUGAAAAAUCACCAAGGCUACCAAGGAAAAAACAACGCAAUGCGCUUUUUACGACACAGGAAGAAAAACAACUGAAGCAGUACAAUGAAAAUGCGUACAAUCCCAACAAAGAUACAUCCAAAGAACAACCACAAAAAAGAUUUGUCAUAGUUGACGGAAGUAACGUAGCCUACCAACAUGCCCUUAACAAGGAGUUCUCAGUUAAAGGUCUUAAAAUAUGCCUUGAUUAUUUCGCUAAAAUCGGCCAUGAAGUGAAAGCUGUUGUCCCACAGCAUCGUUUGCAAAGGCAAAGAUCGACAGAUCCAAGUGAAUUGGAUUCUCUACACCGUGAGGGUAAAAUUGUUUUUACACCAUGUAAAAAUUUACCCGGUAAAUCUUCAACAUCUUAUGACGACAGAUUUAUUCUGCAAUUAGCAUCGGAACUAGAUGCAGCCGUAGUGUCGAAUGAUAAUUACCGUGAUCUUUUGAAUGAGAAUUCGGCGUUUAAAAAAAUUAUCGAAAAUCGUGUCAUCGGUUACACAUGGUGCAACGAUGUAUUCAUUUUGCCAAAAGAUCCUUACGGCAAAUGGGGGCCUACGCUUGAUUCAAUUCUAAAUCGAUCCUAAAAAUAAAAGUUUUGUAAAAAAAACAAA